AAUCCUCGUCCAAAGUUUACAGGUCAAAGGUCACCGCUGAACCAAGCCAGCAGCGCUCGCCUUACGUUAGCCAACAAUGGCUAAACAUCACCCAGAUUUGAUCUUUUGCAGAAAACAAGCCGGUGUCGCUAUCGGGAGGCUUUGCGAGAAAUGUGAUGGUAAAUGUGUCAUCUGUGACUCCUAUGUGAGGCCGUGCACGCUGGUGCGCAUCUGUGAUGAGUGUAACUACGGCUCCUACCAGGGACGUUGUGUCAUCUGCGGAGGGCCAGGAGUGUCUGAUGCCUACUACUGUAAAGAGUGCACCAUCCAGGAGAAAGAUCGAGACGGCUGUCCUAAGAUCGUGAAUUUGGGCAGCUCUAAAACGGAUCUGUUUUAUGAAAGGAAGAAGUAUGGCUUUAAGAAGAGGUGAAGAUGCCACGGCCCAGUUUUGUUUUAGUAUUUCAGCUUUUGCAGAUUUUCUUUAAAAAAAACCUGAAGAAACAUUUUUUGACUUGUCAAUAAAAACUCUGUUUUAUAUUUCUGUGUUCCUGUUUUGAAUGUUGAAAUACUCUUGAACAUUCAAGCUUGUAACGUAAAAAUUGAGUCUUCAUACGCUCACGAAUUGCUUGAUAUUAAUAGUCACUAAACAUCUGGCUUCUCUGCGUCACUGACAAACAUUAUUUAAUUACCAGCAACCCUACAAACAAAAAGACAUCAUUGGGUUCAUACUAAA